AUGCGAUUACCUGGCCCAGCCUGUGCAACCUGUCGUGAAAAGUGCCGGCGAUGUGAUCGUGGCCGACCGGAAUGCCAACGCUGCGUCUCCAAGGGAUUGCCGUGCGGGGGAUAUCCGGACAAGUAUCAGUUCUGUGGCCCGACAAGAAAAAAGAGAAAGGAAAGGCCGUCGACAGAUGGACCUGCGGCUAGGACUCGUCGUGGACGAGUGAGCCAAGUCGAUUCGGAUAUUCCAGAACAGACCGUGGAUAACAUUCCGACGCGGCCAGAAGAAAUAUCCAACAAUAAUGGAAAUAUACAGCCUCCAACACCUCAUACAGCACGGAGCCCCUCAGAGAUAGAGCAAGUGUUGAUGCUUGAAGAGACGGAAAUGCUCCUGUCGUAUUACGACAAGAGGAUAUGCCCAUUCCAGAUCGCCCUGGCCGACAAGAUGGACAAUCCAUACCGAACAUACAUUCUGCCUCUGGCAAACAAGCAGAUCCAGUUGUUAUAUGCUGUUCUCGGGCUAUCCGCAUGCCACCUGGGACAGUUCAAAUCAGACGAGCAUCUACGCGAAACAGUCGCAGUGGGAUAUCGAGUGAAAGCCAUUCGAGGACUAGGCGAAGCCAUUAAAAAAGGAAGCUCUGGGGUUCCAACCGAGGAUGAACGAGAUGCUAUCUUUGUGACUAUCCAGAUUCUUCUUUUGCAAGAUAUCUGCGAAACAGGUAUCUCAACGCACGGAGUUCACAUCACCGGAGCCGUCUCGAUAUGCAAUCAGCUCAUGCUGGGAGAAUCACUAACGAGAGACCAUGAAAGAACCGUCUUCUUCCUAGGCAAUCUUGCCUGGCUGGAUAUUAUCCGUGGAUUCGCUGGCCCAGAACGACUUUGUUUCUCGCCAGAACUGCGCGAAACCAUCGUCUCACUCACCGAUAUGAAGUUUGAAAGAGUCAAUGGCUGUCCGAAAGAGAUAUUCCUCAUCAUCGGCCGAGCUCUCGACCACGCCAAAGCACAUGCAGCCGGAGAAAUCGAAACAGAGCAAUAUAAACAGGUCUUGUAUACAGCACGACGGGAUCUUCUGUCAUGGAAUCAGAACAGCUGCAUCUAUCCAGACGAAGAUCCUCGAUGGCGCUCUGUUGCUGACGCCUUUCGCCACGCCUGCAUUUUACGGAUAUCACGGCUAUUGGAUGUAUCUCAGCCAGCAGAAGCAUUGGAGAUACAGAAUUCGGUCACGGCUAUUCUCGAUGCCGUGGCUAAUAUAGAAAAGGACCACCCGUUAAUACAUCUCGUGAUUCUCCCACUCUUCAUGGCUGGUGCGGACUCGCUGUCGCCGCAUUCUCGCCACUACACUAUCCUGCGCAUCGAUGAAGUCAAGGUCGCGUCUGAAUUUUGCAACCCAGUGCCUAAAGAUCUACUCAAGAAUGUUUGGGAUGCAAGGGCAAGCCAAUCAAAGGGAGAUCAUAGCAACAUCCCAUGGAUGCUUUUUACGCAUAAUCCGGCCUUGGAGCGACAGCACGACUAUUUGAUUAUAUAG